AUGAAGAUUCAUCUCUUUUUCUUUAUGCUGCUCUUUUGGGUCACGAUUUUACCAGCCAGAAAGAAAUAUCCCCACUAUGGUAGCUUGGAUUUGAGGAGAGAGUGCAGAAAGGGUAAUGGCCGAUGUAAACUUGAGUGCCAGGAAAAUGAAAUUAGGAUUGCUUACCGCAUGCGACCUGCAACCCAUUGCUGCUUGCAGAAGUAAAGCUGACAGAAGACAAGAAAGAGAUACACACUCCAAGAAGAGAGGACCAGUGUUACUAAGUCUUCCCAGAGUAUACUUCGAGGCUUGUGUAUCUCAAAGAAUUAAAUAAAA